UCCACACCUUCUUGUCUCCCACAACACACCACAAACCAAUCCCUAUAGUUCACUUGUCUCUUUUCUUGUAUUCAUUUCUUUAAACUCAGACCCACCAUGGCAGAAGAGAAGCACCACCACCACCACCACCCUUUUCACCACCACAAGGAUGAGGAAAAACCCAUUGAGACUGCUGCUGUCUACAGUGAGACCUCCGAGUUCUCCGAGACUACUGCUUACCCUACCAACAUCCCACCACCUCAUGAUGCCCCAGACCACAAAAGGGAGGAGAAGCACCACAAGCAUCUAGAACAUGUGGGCGAGCUCGGGGCUGCUGCCGCUGGCGCUUAUGCCUUGUAUGAGAAGCAUGAGGCAAAGAAAGACCCAGAACAUGCUCAUAGGCACAAGAUCGAAGAGGAAGCUGCUGCAGCGAUGGCCGUCGGAGCCGGCGGAUUUGCUUUCCAUGAGAAACAUGAGAAGAAAGAGGCCAAGAGAGAGGAUGAGGAAGCUCAUGGAAAGAAGCAGCACCAUCUCUUCUAAGUGUCCUUGAUAACUAAUUAAUUAUGUGUGUUUUUAUAUCGUCUGAAUAAUUAAAACUAAGGUAGCUGUACAUACGUUAAACCCUGAGACACCAGGCCGAUUUCCCUCUCCUACCUUUAUAAUUAAAAAAAAAAAUUAAAUAUUCGCCUGUAUGAGUGAGUUUGUAAAAGCCAAGCCUUCCUUGUAGCUUUGUCAAACUGGUUCUUUAAGUACUUUGUAUGCCUUAUGUAUAUGUUUAUAAUAAUAUAAAUCCUGAGAUGUUUCUAUGA